GUACUGUUUGAAAGUUGCCUACAGAUUCGGUUGGUCAUGAUGGCAACCUGUUCAGUGAUAAUUUUCUUUCACCUGACGUUCUUUUGGACAAUUCAAGUGUGCCCAGAGACCAUUGUGGGUUUUAUUGGUGACUCCAUUGUUAUUCCUUGUUCUUCUGAAGAGCAUCAGCCUUCAAUUCAAAACAUCACUGUGCGUUGGAGACAAAACAGCCUGAAUGUGUAUGACAUAAUUAAGGGUACAGGAUCAGUAGAAAGGCAGGAUCCGGCAUUCAAGAACAGAGCUGCAACCUUUCCUAAAGAAUAUCUGAACGGAAACUUCUCGCUCAAACUCAACAGUAUGCGAAACACUGAUGAAGGACAGUAUACAUGCUAUAUCAUAGAGGAAUCAAUAAUGAAGAAUGUCCAUCUUAUCAUUAAAGAGAAAUCAAUAAGAGGUAGCUUCAACCAGGGAACAAAACCACGACCUGAGAUGACUGUAAUGAUUAUUUCCAUUCUUUGUAUAGGCUUUAUCUUUUCUUUAACUGUAAGUACAUUCAGCAUGCAUGAUCAACAUGAACCUUAUAUUGUAAGUAGGUUGCAGUUUCUAAAUAAAUAUUGCAAUGAUGUAUGUGUUCCAGAACUUUGCCACAGGACAUUCUAUGGAAUUGCAUGUGCCGGUCCCAAGCCCGAAAAGAAGGAGGGGUUGGAGAAGGAUGCCUAUACUCUGACAGGUUAACAAGUUUCACUGGUUUUGGACACAAACAGAUAUCACUUGACUGGAUUUGCCGUCCGGGAUCGGAUCUGAUAUUUCUGAUGUGGAUAUCCAUCCAUUUUGGCAUAGUCGGCAGGAUGUAGAUACAAUCUAACAAUUCGAUCUAAAUCUUUUGUGAGGUGUUUUAAAAC